GCCCGGCCCGCCACGGGCCCGCCUCCCUCCGGGGCAGCAUGAAGUGUGUGGUCGCCGGCGGCAACGUGAAGGUGCUCGGCAAGGCCGUCCACUCUCUAUCCCGUAUCGGGGACGAGCUCUACCUGGAGCCCCUGGAAGACGGGCUCUCUCUCCGGACGGUGAACUCCUCCCGUUCUGCCUAUGCCUGCUUCCUCUUUGCCCCGCUCUUCUUCCAGCUGUACCAGGUGGCCACCCCUGGUCAGGACACACUGCGAUGCAAGAUCCUGAUGAAGUCGUUCCUGUCCGUCUUCCGCUCACUGGUGAUGCUGGAGAAGACAGUAGAGAAAUGCUGCAUCUCCAUGAAUGGCAGGAGCAGCCGCCUGGUGGUCCAGCUGCACUGCAAAUAUGGGGUGAGGAAGACUCACAACCUGUCCUUCCAGGACUGUGAGUCCCUGCAGGCUGUCUUCGACCCAGCCUCAUGUCCCUAUGUGCUCCGGGCCGCAGCAAAGGUUCUCGGGGAGGCUGUUCUGCCCUUUCCCCUUGCACUGGCUGAAGUGACACUGGGCAUUGGCCGUGGCCGCAGGGUCAUCUUGCGCAGCUACCAGGAGGAGGAAACAGACAGCACCAUCAAAGCCAUGGUGACUGAGAUGAGCAUUGGGGAGGAGGACUUCCAACAGCUGCAGGCCCAAGAAGGGGUGGCCAUCACUUUCUGCCUCAAAGAAUUCCGGGGGCUCCUGAGCUUCGCAGAGUCAGCAAAUUUGUCUCUUAGCAUUCACUUCGAUGCUCCCGGCAGGCCCGCCAUCUUUGCCAUCAAGGACUCACUGCUGGAUGGCCACUUUGUCCUGGCCACGCUCUCAGAGCCAUCCCCGAACUCCCAGGACCUGUGCUCCCCGGAGCUCCGCCAGCCAGCACCUCAGCUCCAGGCGCACAGCACCCCCAACCUGGAUGACUUUGCUAAUGACGACAUUGACUCUUAUAUGAUCGCCAUGGAAACCACUGUGGGCAGCGAGAGCUCCCGAACACUCCCCCCCAUUUCCCUCUCACCUGAUUUCCAGCCCCCCUGCAACUCUGAGGAGGAAGAUGAAGCUGAACCUGAGCUCAGUACAGUGCCUGGGACCCCGCCACCCAAGAAGUUCCGCUCACUGUUCUUUGGUUCCAUCCUGGCCCCUGCACACUCCCCCCUGGGCCCCAGCCCUGUGCUGGCUGAAGACAGUGAGGGUGAAGGCUGAACUGAGAACCUCUUCUGUGUGCAGAGGUCCUGGACUAGAUGAAGCCACAGCCCGCUUCUCAGUGCCAGCCAGAGGCGGGGCUAGGUUUCCGCUCUGCUGGGUGGUAAAGGUGGGCUGGGCUGGAGCUGAGCUGGCUGGUCCUGCUGCAUCCCCAUGUUCCAGUUGGCUAUUGGUAACUGGCCUGGGUUCUGUCAUGUCCCCUGAAUUCCCAAACAAUCAUGUCUGUUUCCAGGCUUAGCACUGAGGGGGGAGGCCCCUUCACUUCUUACUCCAACCUUGUGAGGAAGGCUGCUGCCUUCUGUAAGAAAAAAAUCACAGUGGGGCUCCUGCCCCUGCCGAUCCACCUUUUCUGCCAAUCAUGACUUGUCCCUCCCCCAAAUCCUGGGCACACCUCUGGGAUCUCCUAUGGCUAGCCGAGUGUUCUUGCUUUUUCAAUAUUCUUUGGCCUUUGCUGGGAAUUCUAGGAGCCCCUGUGGACCUUAACGUGUGGCUGGGGUGGCCCCAUGCCCAGCAAGCCUGCCCUCCCAAGGAUGCCAGGCCCAGUGUUUGGGACAAGGGAGACAGGCCAGGGCAAGAAUCCAGCUUUGACCUUUAUUCAAGAGACCAGAUGGGUUGCCCAGGAUCCGGCUGCCAGCCCUGAGGCCAAGCAAGGCUGGAGACCCACAAUCUGGCCCUGCUUUGCCCUGAGCUGCAGCCUCAGCCCCAGGAUCCUGCUUGCAGCCACCAAGGCACAGGCAGAGGGAGCCCUGGGGGAUUGGACACUGCUA